CCUUUUCCUUCGAUGACUACACCCCGAGAGGAGGAGCGUGAAGCACGUAGUAGGCGUCAGAAUCCUCAAUUUCCAACUUAGCAUCCUGGCAGGACAUUUUCCCAAGCAAAGCCCCCAUCUGAAGGCAAAAAACUUCUGCACGGCAUGAGAGAGCAAGUGAGCCAGAGGAAAAAAGGGACCGAGAGCAAAAAAGCGAAAGCAAACACAAGCGACCAGCCUAACUGCUGACAACUACCAGUUAACGCGUUUAAAGUCUUAUGUGCUCGUUGGUAUUCUUAUUUUAAACUGCAAUCGUAUCGAAAGGGGACAGACGUGGGUCUGUUGAUUCAAGACUCUAUGACUGAGCUCGGAGAGUGCAUGAGAGAAUAGAAGGGAAAGUGCGCAAGUAAGUGGCUUAUUUUCGGGGUUUCACGAUGGCGUAUCCUCAGGGCUACUUGUACCAGCCAUCCGCCUCCCUGGCACUGUACUCAUGUCCGGCGUACAGUACCAGCGUGAUUUCGGGACCCCGAACGGAGGAACUGGGAAGAUCAUCCUCGGGGUCUGCUUUUGCUCCGUAUGCCGGAUCUACUGCGUUUACCAGCGCCUCGCCUGGCUACAACUCCCAUCUGCCGUACAGUGCAGACGCAGCGGCGGCUGCCACAUUUACUUCAUAUGUGGGUUCGCCCUACGAUCACACAACCGGCAUGGCUGGUUCGAUAGGCUAUCACCCGUACGCUGCUCCCUUGGGUUCCUAUCCGUAUGGUGACCCUGCUUACCGAAAGAACGCGACUCGGGAUGCUACUGCUACGCUCAAAGCGUGGCUCAACGAGCACCGGAAAAAUCCGUACCCUACCAAGGGUGAAAAGAUCAUGCUGGCCAUCAUCACCAAAAUGACCCUCACUCAAGUGUCCACCUGGUUCGCCAACGCCAGGAGGAGGCUAAAGAAGGAAAACAAGAUGACCUGGACUCCCCGGAACCGGAGCGAGGACGAGGAGGAGGAUGAGAACAUUGAUCUGGAGAAAAACGACGACGACGAGCCUAACAAGCCUUCAGACAAGGGAGACUCGACAGAUACUGAGUCGGACAAUAAACUGAUAAACCCAGGGGACAUGUCAUGCGAGAGAUUCAAAGAUGAAAGUCAUGCUAAAGAAAUGGAUCCUCUUUUAACCAACACGGAAUUAAAACAGUCAGAGGACCGGACGGAACUGCUGCCCGAGUCGGCUAAGCCCACCACCUCCUCUCCGUCUACUGUGCCUCGGGGGAAUGAGAUCAUUGCGCAAGUGAAGCCGUCAGAUUUGGGCCACGCACCGAGCACAGUAAACAGCAACGUGACGUCUGUUAUCCAUUCGCCCCCGUCGGCCCCCAAACCCAAACUUUGGUCUCUAGCCGAGAUCGCGACAUCCUCAGACAGGUGUAAAAGCAGCAGCGAGGGGCCGCAGGCCACGGUGAUGGGUCAAAGCACAGUAAUCACGACCAACGCUGCGUCGCCAUCUCGAUCAUCUUCCCAAUGUCACCUCCCAAAUAGCACGGUUCUCUCCAGGCCCAUCUACUACACUUCCCCCUUUUACCCCGGUUAUACGAACUAUGGCACUUUUGGACAUCUUCACAGUAAUCACGGAUCCAACACGGGCUCCACGCCACACUUCAAUGGAUUAAAUCAGACUGUGUUAAACAGAGCCGAGGCUCUGGUAAGAGAGAGCAAAAUCAGAAGCCAAACACAGAUAGAUCUUUGUAAAGACUCCCCUUAUGAACUAAAGAAAGGUAUGUCAAACAUUUAAUACUGGAUUCCUCCCCCAGUCACCCGGACAAUUAUUUAUUAUUUGUGGUUGCAUAAAAAGAAGAAGCAAGAAAUAAUUAUACUGUUUAAGAAAAUUCUGAGGACAGUUAUUUUCUCAGUAAAUGCUUAUCCUCAAAUCUUAGUUUCUGAAUGGUUUAUCCAAAAGAUGUAACAACUAAGAAUUGUCUUAAUCGCUGCAGCCGCCUGAGUCUAUUUGUAUUAAAGACUAAUGUAUAUUUAAUGUAGCAUUUUUGUAUUUAAAAUGGACAAUACACUAUCUUUGAAGUAAAUUAUGAAAAAAAUACAUGUGUGCAGCGAUUGCUUUGGGGAGAAUAUUAUUCAUUGUGUACAGUACCUCAGACAAAUGACAUUCUAAAGAAUGAAACGACAUCAAGAGUGCAUUGAACUUUCAUUCUAUAAAGACGUUCAUGGAUGAACAUUCAGUCGGCUUAGGGCAUGAACGUCGUCCAACCUAAGGGUUGAUUACUUGAGCAACUGAGUUCUGCAAUAAAUGUAUCACCAACCACAUCAAAGCGACAGGCAAUCAGGACCGAAUAUGAUCUGCAGAAGUAUUGUGACAAGACUCUUAUUUGUUGCUGUCGUUACCAUAGAAGGCUGAUUAUUUCCUCAUUAUUGUAAAUUAGCAAAAUAUUUUCUGCAGGUGAAUGUUGAUAUGACAAUAAUACAACACUGGCGAAAAAACUGUCUAGCACUCAUUUAACCCAAUUAUACUUUAACCGCCUCGUGUUUUAUGCAAAGCAAUCAGGUGGCGAACUCGGGUAAUGAGUUCGAUUUUAUGCCAAAUUUAGGCCUUAUUACGAUUGCCAAGGCGUGGCAAUGCUGUUAGAAGGGCGCGUCGGUGCGUUUAUGGCAUCAGAGUAGGCUUUGGAGCAUAAGGGGUUUGUUAUAUCAUUAAUGGUGGGAGAGUCGUAAUGGUGCACUGAAUAUUAAAACGCUGAUGAUUUCAAGAACUGUGGCCAAGGUGCCAUGACCAGUAAAAAUGUCCCACUGGUAGAGCAGCAGGCCUGUAGCACUGGUUUAAAACUCUUCCCAUUUCCGCAGGUAGGUGUCACACUUGCUCUUAAUUUAAAGGGGUUACUCUUAAUCGGGACAUUGCAAAGCCUGCCUCUUCAGGAGACCCGACAAAUUGGACUAACAUCAGAAGGGAAAUGUCAUGCAAUAUCCAGUGGUGUCAGUUGUCCAAACCAUAUUGUAAUGCAGGGAGCAGGAAUGUUUAUUUCGAUUUUUUUCAUUGUUUCGUUAUUGACAAUAUUCUCAAAUACACCUUACGUGUCGCAGCUAUAGUUUAAUUCAAAGCAUGAAUUUUCCCGCAUUCGAAAGUCGCAGCCACAGGCCUAAGCGAGCGUUGGAUUUUAAUUUGGAAAUUCACCAAUCACUACCAAGGUCAAAUUAUUUGUAUGCAUAUUAGGAUUAUUAUUAUUAGUAGUAGUAUUAUUAUCAAGGAGUUUGCCACAUGUGUUAUUUAAUGUGAAAUGCAAAUGCAUGAAAUUCACUAUUAUUAAUUGUACACAGAAUUAUUAAUCAAUUUAAUUGAAGACAUCCUCUUGAAUGUGAAAGAAAAAUCCUUCAGGUUUGCAGGAAAAUCCAAGUGGUUCAAAUAUGUUUUUUUUUUUUUCUUUUGCACGCUUGUUAUUUACACGUUCCAACAGCGGCAACACAAAAUAACAUUAGUGCUUAUGAUCACGUAGCUUUCUGAAUGGUCGGAACAAUAUCAAAAAUCAUUAUUAUUUAGGUUAUUUUGUUAGGCCUAUUAUGGCGCCAAUAACAAUAGGCGCAAUGCGGUGAGGCAGCUUGCUCUGGUUUGAGGUUAUAUCAUUAAUCUCUAUAGUUUACUUUACGCACUCGAGUUGAAAACUCCCCUGGGCUUCAUCUAAUUCCCCCGACUCUAAUGCCCUCUAUUCGCCUCUGCGCAGGAGAAGAGAGGAGAGGAGCGGAGAGGGGGGUUCUAUUUUUAAUGUGUCAGAGCGGGCUGCAUGGAGUCACCACUGCACCACAUCAGCCGGCUAAAUAGCAUAAUUAUGUUUUUCUUUCCUGAUCCCUCCAGGAAUUGAAACAUUCGAUGCACUGCCCCUACGCGGGCUACAACGGGCUCCGACUCGGCUGUUUUAAAAGGGGAGGAAUUGAUACAUCUACAGGCCAGUAAAUAAAUUGUCCCUGAGAUCAGAAGGAAUACAUGACCCAUAUCCAGAUAAGCAAACAUUUAUCUGCCUGAUAUGUCAAAAAAAUUAGACCCCCUCAGCACCCCCACCCCCCAGACACUGCAGAAUUGUAAACAUGCCCAUUGCUUUAAAAAGGCAUAAUAAAUCAGCGUCAUCUUUAUUAUCGGUGACAGUGAAUCACACAAUAAAGUAUAUUGUUUAGGAUAUAACGUUGUAUUUGUGCAGAUAUAUUUCGUUUUUAUAUUUCAUUUCUCCUCUUUUUCACAAUAGGAUCAACCCCAACAUAAUUUUAAAGGAUUUCUGAAACAUUUCAGCCCAUUAAAAUACUGGCUUUCUGAAAUCGCCUUUUUAUGAUGAUGAUUAUAAUAAUAAUAAUACAAAUAACAAUAAUAAUAAUAGUAGUAAAUUGAAGCUUUUUUAAUUACAAACGGGUAAGACCAAAUAAAAUUCUCAUUUUUUAAAAAUGGAUUUGUUCGGCAUAUUCAGCAGAGCAGGGCUGCCUGAAACAAACAGCCUGAAUAUCCAACCUUUUGUCACUUGUGAAUACGGUGGUACGGGCGAGCUUAGCAAUGAUCCAGGAGCACAACUGUUCAAGAGUUCUUUCUCAGUUCUCCUCCAGCUGAAUGGCUUACUGGCUCAUUGUUCGGAAGCAAUGCAUGGACACGGUGUGAGAAUGUUAAGUGAGGGAGAGACAGUUCCCACGUGUGGAAAAAGAAGAGAAAAGUCUCGGCAAUGAGGGGAAAAUGCAGAAACUUUUCGUUGACAGCUUUCCAAUCCAGGCGUUGGACGGUGGCUAUCAAUCCAACGCGCCUGCUCUGUUUACAAUUAUGAAUAUAUAGGCCUGCACAUGUAGUGUUUUUGAAUAACAUGAAAUAUCUGAUAUGCAUUGAAAUUAAAAGUUUUAUUACGUAAACAGCACGUAACAAUUUUUUUUUUAAAUGCCGUUUUAAUUUCUGGCGUUUAUUGUAUUUUGUUUGGUACAUAUUUGCUUUGAUACAGUUGUGUUUCUUUCUGGUGAUGACGAAUAAAAUUGCAUAGCAUAA